AUGUCGUCGUCAUCCAGGAGCAGUGACAGCGGCCACAGUAGCCAAGGGUCUGAGGCGUCGUCCUCGUUCGACUGUCGCACCCGUCGCCGCAGGCCGCACGGUGCUGCCACCUCUGGAGCCGGUGUGGAAGAACCGAUUGCGCGCCCCAUUUCGGCGUUGAGCGCCUUGUCGAGUCGUACCGCUGUCCCCUCGAGUCGUCAACAGCUUUCGGAUGCACUGGCUCGACUUCAUCUCGACCUUGACGCGGCCCCUCUUCUACGUGCUGCUGCUGAAUCCUUGGCCCACGAUCAUCGUGAGGUAAGACCAAAGCCGUCCUCCCAGAGCAGCUGGCACGCCCCAAGCGAGCGCUCGGGUCCGGAUUGCUGACUUGAGGGACGAUUCUGCCCCGCACUCGGUCUGCACUCUGCAAGUCCUGUAGCAUCCACCUGAAGCGAAAUCACGUGCUGCAGUAGAAUCAGUCUCGUCGGUAGGUCCUGCUCUCCAUCCUCGAUCUCAUGCAUGGCUAAUGCUCGGCCUAACCCGCCGCGGGCGAUGCGCAUGCUUAUCGCCUAAGGCCCACAUUUGGACUUUGGAGUCGAGCGAGGUCAACUCUUCCUACGCCGACUCGUACACGGCCGAUCUGCUGUCGAAUCCGGACCGAUUUUUCACGUCGACUUCCUCGGAAAAGGUUAUCUUUUACCAGUCGUUCAUCUUGCAGUGGCGUAAGUUUGACCUGUGUCUGCAUUGAAGUCGUAUGCUGAGAAACCUUGCACCUCCCCUCUAGAGCUCAAGCCGGUCCACAGUCUUCCCAACACCAUCACCUCGUGCAAGAAGGUGUUGAGGACGGUCAACGUCAACAUCGCCGAGCUCCUUUCCGUCAUGAGGAGCGGUGGGAGCUUGACCAGCGUGCCCAUGGUCAGCCUUUGACGUGUCGAGAGCGCAUGUGUCCGUCUAAUCUCACCUUGGGCGGUCGUUGUCCACCAAUAGUACCGUAACAAGACCUUGCUUCGAGCCUCCAUCACGAACGGGAAGAGGUGAGCCCUUUCGCUUCCCGAAAGUAAACUGGCUUGCUCCGAACCGACCCUAACCGCCGUCGACGCUGCUGCAAUCCAAAGGGCCCCUCUCAAGACGGCAAAGCGCGAGAUGUUGCAGCCUUUCUUGGUGCAAGUCAAUUUUGCCUGA